AUGUCCAUAAUACCACCCAAAAUACCCAAACCAUACGCUACUAUCAAAGACUACAAGAUACCCAAUAGUUUAAGACAGGCUUUGGAGUUACAUUCUUACUUAUUUACUGGGGAAUUGCAAAACUGGCUCAAGAUGCCUGAGUUGUUGGAUGCCUAUUUUGAAGCAUCACUUGUUAUUGCAAAGAAUGCCCAUGCUCUGUUAGCGACUGUCUCAAACUUCCUUAAAAAGAUUAGGGACAACAAAGAAGUAAUCAAAGCUGUACAAAACUACUGUGGUCGUUUGGAAACUUAUCUUAGUAACAUAUCCGUCAAAAAUCAAAUUAUGACUGUUUGUGCGUUGAAAGAAGUAGAGUAG